UCGGGACUGCGCUGAAUUGUACAAGAACGGAGUGAAGUUGAACGGGGUGUAUACUAUAACACCUGAUAACAGUCCGAACGCAUUUAACGUCUACUGUGACAUGACCACUGACGGAGGAGGAUGGACAGUUUUCCAGAAGCGCAUGGACGGUUCAGUGGACUUCUACCGUGGCUGGCAGUCCUACAAGCAUGGUUUUGGAAAUCUGAAUGGAGAACACUGGUUAGGGAAUGACUUUAUUAAUGUCAUCACUAACCAAAGACGGUACGAGCUGCGUGUUGACUUGGAAGACGCCAAUGGCGUUUGGCGUUACGCCAAUUACGACCACUUCGCUAUAGCGUCGGAAAGAGCUAAGUACCAGUUGACUCUUGGGACUUACUCUGGAAACGCGGGGGAUUCUCUGAAACUCCAUAAAGGCUAUGCUUUCACCACAAAGGACAGAGAUAACGAUGCAUAUGCAAGGAAUUGUGCACAGGAAUUCAAGGGAGCUUGGUGGUAUGACAAUUGUCACCAUUCCAAUCUGAACGGCCUGUACCACCUGGGUGAUCACAGCUCGUACGCUGAUGGCGUCAACUGGAAGACAUUUAAAGGGCACUUCCACUCCCUGAAGACAACGGAGAUGAAAGUUCGUCCUGUCGGCUUCAAGGCUGCUUCUAGCAGUAGUGGUUAGGCAGUGCUCGCAUCUUCAUCAUAAGCAGAACUAAUAUAUUCUCUUGAAGUUAUGUAAGAGAAAAAGAAACACAAAUAAAUUUUUAGGUAUUCAG